AUGUGGUAUUGGGAUGAGGAUAAUCCGAGACAUAUAGAUGUGGGAACAAAAUUUGAUAGCAAAUUGCAGUUGAAAACUGCUGUCACAUUAUGGCAUGUGGGAACAGGUCGGAUGUAUGAGGUUAUGGAUAGUAAAUCAAGAAGAUGGCAUGCAGUUUGUAGGGACCCAUUUGGUCCGAAAAGAAAAGGCAGGGACCUUGGGCAACGCUACCCAUGUAAUUGGGAGGUUAAAGCAACGUUUAAGAAACGUGAUGGUAGCUGGUCUAGCAACUCAUGGGUUGAUCGUCAUUGCUAUAUGGGAGAUCACGAUCCAAGUGAACAUGUUAAUCUUACAUCAUCCAUGAUUGCUCUCUGUAUUCGAAGUCAAAUUGAAAACAAUGUUGAAUUCAAGCCUUCUGCAAUACUUACAUAUAUCAAAGAUAAAUUUCACGUGAAAAUCAGCUACAAGAAAGCAUGGUACGCUCGCAGAAAAGCUAUUGAGCUUGUAUAUGGUGGGUGGGAGGGAUCAUUCAGACAACUCCCCAGCUACCUGACUGAGUUGCAAACUCAAAAUCCGGGGACAAUCGUUGAGUGGUUGCAUGACCCUGUAUUGAGUCAAGGUAAUACAAAGGUGUUCCGCUACGUAUUUUGGGCAUUUGGGCCAGCAAUAGAGGUGUUCCAAGUAGCAAAGCCUGUCUUAUCGGUUGAUGGGACUCACCUGCGUAGAAGACUGAAAGGUAAAUUACUUGCUGCAGUAGGUUACGAUGCAAAUAAGAACUGUUUGCCUGUUGCUUUUGCUAUUGUUGAUGAAGAAACAAACGAGAGUUGGAGUUGGUUUUUGAAUCUUGUGAGAGUGCAUAUUAUAAAGCAUGACCAGGAAGUGUGCAUAAUAAGUGACAGACAUCAAGGCAUUAUAAAUGCCAUGAAGUCUGAUGUGUGGAAAGAGGUACCAGUCGGUUAUCAUCGAUACUGUUUAAUUCACGUUAGAUCGAAUGUGUUACAAAGACACAAAGGCCCCGGAGUGAAGAAAUGGGUAUGGAUAAUGGGUGAAGUAAUUGAGGAGCGGAGAUAUUGGACUGCAAGGCGUGAAUUAGAAAAGAUGUUUGGAUUCACCAGUACGCAGCACGGCUACUUCCUCGUUCACGUGGGCGGUACAAUAGAAGCAGGAUACACAACCAAAUGUAUGAGCGCGAACAAGAUGCGCCAAGAGCUCUUCCUCGAUGCCGCCUUUGUUGAGAGACCGGCCACAAUAGAAGAAAAUGCACUGUAG